AUCGACGACCAGACCCUUUAAGCGACCAUAAUGAGCUCUGCGCUCGUGUUCAUUGAACAGAAUGCGGCCGGGAUAGGCAAAUCCGACCGUCGAGCCCUUCGUUCUCAUGUUAUGAGGGGCAAGAAUGCCGGCAGGCCACGACCCUCGACGCGCCGACCGAGGAACUAUGUCCCCGUUAAGCGUCAGCUGAACAUACCGCGACGGGUGUUCUGGAACGACUUCUGUCUAACAUCGUUUCCCCAAGAGCUUGAUCCCGACUCCACUAGGCUCAUGCAUCGGUGGUUUCUUGACAUUAGUGACACGCUAUUUCCUCCCCAAUUCUGCUACAAGUUCGACAUCCUGAAAUCAAUAUGGGUAAACUGCAUCCUAGUAGAUGAAGCAUACUUCCACUCUACCUUGGCUGUGUCGGCAUCAUACGUCGACUUCUUCGAACGGAAACCUACCACGUCGUCGAAGACUUUGCAUCACAUAUGUCAGGCUUAUUCGCUGGUCAACCUAAAACUUUCAGGCCCUAAUGCCAUAUCGGACAGCGCCAUUGCUGCCGUCGUCACCCUCGCCAUUUAUCAACAGAUACACCAGCAACACUCGACCGGCCUGGUCCACCUCAAGGGGUUACAUCGAAUGAUUGAAUUGCGCGGGGGUAUCGCUAGAUUAAUGAAGGAGAACCGUCCCUUAGCCCUCAAGCCACUCCGGCUUGACAUUGAAUUGGCUAUGCAGAAUGGGUCACCCACGAUGUUUGAUAGCCAGGAAGUACCCGUAACAACUGUCUUGUGCGACACUAGCACCAUCGCGGACCAGCUUUCGGCCUGUCCCCCGGGGCUGCCCCGCAUCAUGCUCGAUCUCAUCGUUUUCGCUGGUAUCCUCAACGAUAGGGUCAAGCACGGGCGAUCCAAGCUCAACCCUCUAGACUACACAGAAACACUCAUAUCACUCCUUUACCGGCUCUUGGAAGGUGAACCUUUCAGAAAGCCCCUCCUUGCUUCGGAAGGCCUCUACGGCGACGUAGCACGUCUCGCGAUGCUGGCGUUCAUGACCGGCCUGCUCCCCAACUACUGCCGCGAUAACUUCAAUUCGUCACUUCUAUGCACUCGUUUAGUGAGUGCCGUUCUAGAGCUCCAUUCGACACACGUAGACGUGCGAGCCGGCGAUGUCUCACUGCUACUGUGGAUCCUUUUUAUGAGCGGUAUCUCGGUCCUGAAAAUCAAUGACCAUAGCUGGCUGCUUCGUGCAAUCGCGGAGACUUGCAAUCGUGCAGACCUGCGUGACUGGGCAACUGUUCACCAUCAUCUCGGCGGGUUUCCCUGGAUAUACAUACUGCAUGAUGCCCCCGCGCGGUGUUUGUGGGAGGAAGCUCAUCUUGUGAAGUUGGAGGAUCAUGUCACCGCAAUUUCACCAACCGAGGAAUUGGCUCAAUACGGACGUUACAAAUAAAUCAUUCAUCAUUCAGAACCU